AUGAACCAUUUGUGGUUGGUGACAUGUGUUAAUAGCAUCGCCAAGCAGAAACUUGUCGACAAAGGCGAGUUGUUGGUGAAGGGCCUCAAGUGCCUUGUCAUUGACCCGGAAUGCAAGAAUAUCAAGAUGAAGCUUCUUUGGCUUCCCCCACACCUCGAACAGAGACGGAUUGUUGAAGCGCUAGAGCCAUAUGGCACAGUGCAGUUCAUCACAAGAGAAAUGUGGCAGUGUGACGGCAUGGAGGCCUGGCAAAUGACUAAUCGAGACGUAGCGUUCCCAUUGAAAGAUGGCGUUUCUGCCAGUAAUCUGCCACAUCUGUUGAGCAUAUACGGCCACCAGUGCCUUAUCUUGGUACCUGGCCGACCACCACUUUGCCUCCGGUGCAACAGAGUUGGGCAUAUCCGGCGACAAUGUCGAACACCACGCUGCAGUAACUGUCACCGCUACGGUUACCCUGCAGAUGCAUGCGUCGGAACCUACGCUGACAAGCUUCGCGGAAAUAGACCAGCUGAGGAUGAUACCAUCACCUAUCUCAUGGACGUGAGCGAAGUUGUGGAUGCAACUGGAGAAACACUCCCUGAGACUCAUCGACAAGAACAGAGUAAGCCGUCAUCGGCUGACAUUAGCCUCAGCCAGAAGCCUGCGCGCGAGGAUGAGACUAAGGCGCCUGACGACGAACCAACUGUGUCAUGGGCAGAAUAG